UCAUUGCUGCCUCUCGGUUACGUUUAAAGCCUGAAAUAUCACGAGAUCCAUUCAAUGAUCCUUCUCUCAUUCAAGGGACAAAAAUGUAAUUUGCUGUAGCUCUGAUUUCUUGGAUGGAAAUGCUAGCCUUAGAUUUCAAAGGCAAGAACGAGACAUCGUGGUUUGUACACACAUUGAUUAAGUUGAAGAGCGGCGAUUACAUCUGUGCUGAGUGCAACAGUAGUCCAGGGCUGACUUUUCAAAUCCCAACCUCUGAGUUACAGACUCUCUUAAAUAGACUUCCUUAAUUUCCGGAUGCACUUCUUGAAAUUCCCAAUUCUCUUCAAAAUUCCUGGGAAAUUACUAGGGAGAUGAGGGUGGGGGUGGGGAACUAUGGCUGAGAUUUCAUGCAAACUACCUUUUUGUAUGUCUGAUUCCUCUGUUUUUAUCUUUUUUUUUUUUUCUUUUGAGACAUACCUGCUUGUGCUAGCCAGACCAGAGCAGGGGAAACUGGAACUUUUGAAUGGGAAGGAAGAAAUUAUUGUACAAUUCUUUUCUUGCAGGCUCAGAAAUAUCCGUUUAUUCUUUUAACCACACGGAUGUGUCUAUUUUUGGAGGAACAAGGAAAUAUAUAAAUGCCUGGGUUGCAUUUAUGCUGUAGUUGCAAACGCCGAACUGUUAAGAAGAUUUUGCCGAAUUUUGCAAAGGAGCCAACAAGCCACCUUGGGAUCCUGAUAAUGCAGCUGGGAAGACCAUUGCUCUCAUUUGGCAAUAUUUUGGAUAUCCUUGGAAAUGACACCAAAAUAUGCUUUAACUUGACUAAGAAGAGGUUAAACAACAUUGAUAUUCAUCCAAAGUGAUUUUUUUUUCUAAAGCAGAUGCUUGGCUUUCAUGGAAAAAAUGAGAGUUGUGGAAGAUUCAUUUAAACUACCAACCGAAAGCAUCAUAGACCACUGAAAUAGUCUGCGUCGUACAUCAGCACUUUCUUUUCAUCGUUAUUACGUAAAACCUCUGGAAGCACCUUGGGCGUUUUACAUUUUCUUUUCUUUGCUGCAGAAACAAUCUCCUCCCUGGAAUUCUGACCUGUCGUGAACAGGACCCUGGCAAAGACUGUGCUGGGGACUCUAGGACGAUCCCGCCUCCAAUCCAGCCUGGUUAAUUGUGAAAAGUGUACACAUUUCUGGCUUAUCUAUGCUUUGUUAUGGGUCUGACGUGAAACUACCUCCUCCCCACCCCACCCCCCAGCAGAGAACCAAAAUCCAGUUGAAUUGUUACAGUGUUUCGGAGCUGGAGCCUUGAACUGCUUCCUUGGUCAAAUAACUUUGUUUCUGGUUGUAAAAGGCAUUUCAGGGGGAAAAAAAAAAAGGAAAAUCGAGAGAAAUCCAAAACGAUGCCUUGAGACACACGCAGCAUCUGGUGGAGGAUUAACAUACAUACAUGUGUAUGUAUGCGUCACGUAUAUAUUUACUGCAAAUGGUGGGGAUCAUUUAGUGCCCGAGAUGGGAGACCUGAAGUCAGGUUUUGAAGAGGUGGAUGGCGUGAGGCUCGGCUACCUCAUCAUUAAAGGAAAGCAAAUGUUUGCCCUCUCCCAAGUCUUCACGGAUCUGCUGAAAAACAUCCCGAGGACGACCGUGCACAAGCGCAUGGAUCAUUUGAAAGUGAAAAAGCACCACUGCGAUCUGGAGGAGUUACGGAAACUCAAGGCAAUCAACAGCAUCGCCUUCCACGCCGCCAAAUGCACGCUCAUCUCUCGGGAAGACGUGGAAGCGCUCUACACCUCCUGCAAAACCGAGCGCGUCCUCAAGACCAAGCGCAGGAGGGUCGGCCGGGCCCUGGCCACAAAGGCGCCGCCACCAGAGCGCGCCGCCGCCGCCGCCAGCCCCCGCCCGGGUUUUUGGAAGGACAAGCACCAACUUUGGCGGGGCCUGAGCGGAGCCGCGCGGCCCCUGCCAAUCAGCGCGCAGUCCCCGCGCCCGGGCGCCGCCGCCGCGCGCCCCGCCGCCCAUCUACCUCAGAUUUUUAGCAAAUACCCGGGCUCGCACUAUCCGGAAAUCGUGCGUUCGCCUUGCAAACCCCCUCUAAACUAUGAAACUGCCCCGCUCCAGGGAAACUACGUUGCUUUCCACUCGGACCCUGCUUAUUUUCGGAGCCUGCUCUGCAGCAAGCACCCGGCUGCCGCCGCCGCCGCCGCCGCGGCUGCCGCCGCCGCCGCCGCCGCCGCCGCCUACUACCAGGCGUCGGCGGCCGGGCCCGAGCCCAAGGCGGCGGCGGGCGCUGGAGGCCCGGUGAGCCUGACCUACCGGUGCAAGCGCAAGCGCGGGGGCGCCAAGGACUGCCUGCUCGCGCCCCACGCCGGCGCCCGCCGCCUGCUCCUGCUGCCCAGGUCCUACAAAGCCAAGGCGGCGGCGGCGGCGGCGGCAGCGGCGGCGGCGGCGGCCGCCGGGGCCACUUGCCUGGAGAGGUUUCAUCUGGUUAACGGCUUCUGCACGCCUCCCCACCACCACCACCACCACCACCAUCACCACCACCACCACCACCACCGGGCCCAGCAGCCGCAGCCGAACCACCACCCCCCACAUCACCACCGGCCUCAGCCCCAUCUCGGCGGCUUUCCCGAGAGCUGUAGCAGCGACUCGGAGUCCAGCUCCUACUCGGACCAUGCAGCCAACGACUCAGAUUUUGGCUCCAGUUUGUCCAGCUCCAGCAACUCGGUGUCCUCGGAGGAGGAGGAGGAGGAGGGAGAAGAAGAGGAGGAGGAGGAAGAGGAGGAGGAAGAGGAGGAGGAGGGGGGUAGCGGGGCCUCGGAUUCCAGCGAAGUCAGCUCGGAGGAGGAGGACUCGUCCACGGAGUCGGACUCCAGCUCCGGCUCCAGCCAAGUGUCCGUGCAGAGUAUCCGUUUCAGACGCACCAGCUUCUGCAAGCCUCCCAGCGUGCAGGCGCAGGCCAACUUCUUGUACCAUCUGGCCUCCGCCGCCGCUGCAACCAAACCCGCUGCUUUCGAGGAUGCCGGCAGACUUCCCGACCUCAAGAGUAGUGUCAAAGCGGAGUCGCCGGAGGAGUGGAAUCUGCAGAGCUGGGCCCCCAAAGCGUCUCCGGUGUACUGCCCCGCCAGCCUGGGGAGUUGUUUCACAGAGAUAAGGAACGAUAGGGUAUCUGAGAUUACAUUCCCACACUCUGAAAUUUCCAGUACUGUAAAGAGAACUGACCUGACAAUUAACUGCCUGGCGGAGGGGGCCUCUUCACCUAGCCCAAAGACAAACAAUGCAUUUCCACAACAAAGAAUACUCCGAGAGGCGAGGAAAUGCCUACAAGCAAGUCCUACUACACACUGUGCAGAUAACAACACAAUAGCUGCUAGGUUCUUAAAUAAUGAUUCUUCGCGAGCAGCGGCAAAUUCAGAAAAAGAUUCCAAAAUCCCUCAUUGUGCUGAAUUUGCUACGGAUUUGUCCUCUUCACACACUGAUUCUGAGGUGGAUGCAGCAGCAGCAACUAAAACUGAGACUCCCUGCACUAACACAGGAGACAAGACCUUGCCAUUUCUGCACAAUAUUAAAAUCAAAGUAGAAGACAGUAGUGCUAAUGAAGACUAUGAACCUGACCUUAUUACAAAUAAGCUUAAGUGCGAGUGCAAUGAUACAAAGGGUGAGUUUUACAGUGUGACUGAAAGUAAGGAGGAGGACGCCUUGUUCACCACAGCCAAGGAAGAAGGUUUUGCAUGCCCUGAAAAAGAAACUCCUUCCUUAAACCCACUGGCUCAGAGUCAGGGCCUUUCAUGCACUUUAGGUUCUCCAAAACCUGAGGAUGGGGAAUAUAAAUUUGGUGCCAGGGUGAGAAAAAAUUACCGGACACUAGUACUGGGAAAGCGACCUGUACUUCAGACACCUCCAGUCAAACCAAAUUUGAAAUCAGCUAGAAGUCCUCGUCCUACAGGUAAAACUGAGACACAUGAAGGAACACUGGAUGAUUUUACAGUUAUAAACAGACGCAAAAAGGUAGCCAGCAAUGUAGCAUCAGCAGUGAAAAGGCCAUUUAAUUUCAUGGCAAAUUUUCCUUGUCCACCAUCACUCAUUAUUGGGAAGGAUGGGGAUUUGUGGCCGGCGUAUUCCUUAAACACUACUAAGGAUUCCCAACCUCCUCACAAGGCCCAUCCUAUAUGGAAAUGGCAGCUGGGCGGUUCUGCAAUACCUCUUCCACCUAGUCACAAAUUCAGGAAAUUUAAUUCAUAAAAGUGUUUUGGAAGAUAUUUUCUUGAACCCUAUUACCUUCCUUUUGUUGUAAACUGCACAGGAUGGUUUGUACAAGUCCAUUAAUGUGUUACACCCCUUUUGGAGCCCUGGUUUAUCGCAUUUUGAAGACAGAAAUCGGAUUACUUUUUUCCCAUUGCUGGGUUUUUUUUUUUUUUUGGUUUUUUUUUUUUUUUGGAGUAGGGUGGGGGCGGGGUGGGAGAAGGGUUGGUUUACAUUCCACAGACUACUUCAGGCUAAAGACUCAAGUAAAACUCAGUUAUUAAGGUAGAGCUGGAACACUUUACUGUUUCAAUGCUAAUAAUGCACCCGGUACCUCAAUUCAACUGCUACAAAUAAAUGUCAAAAGGUUGAAUAAUAAAUAUUACAAUGAGCCAUUAAGUUUAUGCACUAGAUUUCAGACCUGAAAGUGUAACUGUUAAUUCAGUGAAAGUUUGUUAGGUUACAUGGUUACACAGUGAGGUAGAAAGAAGUUUCUAUGAGCCCAAAAUGUUCUUUUCUGGAGCUCUUGUUUGUGGGGUAUCUUUUCCUCCCCUCAUUCCUUCUCCAAGAGUAGUUGCACUUAAUUUCCUUCCUUCCUUCUUCCUUCCUUCCUUCCUUCCUUUCUUUUUUUGAGUGGAAAGAUUGGGGAGUCCUCCUUGAAUGCUGGUAAAAGCUGCCUCAGAUAUACUGAGCAAAAUAAAUAUGAAAUUGCCUUUUUUUUUUUUUUUUGGCAAAGGGUGUGAUUUUACUUUUACAACUCCUCCUUGCAACUGGAAAAGUCCUUUUUGUGUUCUCACCCAAAGGUUUUAAAUAAGUUGACUCUUACUCACUUUUAUCCUGCUUGCCUUGUGGUCUGACUCCUCAAGUUUGACUCCUCAAACUUGCAAAACAAUUUAAGUAGUUCUCUUAAUAGCAGGAUAUUUUAUGGUCUGACUCUUCAUAGUGACAAAGCAGUAAAUACAACCAAGAAAAGUAAAAUGGGUCAGAGUUGUAGGAAUAUCCCAAAUGAAAAUUUGCAGUUCUUUCAGGGCUCUUUGGUACCAGAACUCAGGCACUAGGGUCUUAUUACCUUUUACUUUUUCUGCAUCUCUCUAAACUUCUGUUUUUAGACCAUCCUGUGAAUAAAGCAGGAGAGUUUCUACUGCAAGUGACAAUCAGAGGUGACUAUCUAUAUUUGCACUUAAAAUCAAAGUAGUUCAACAUGCAAAUGGCUAGGGUCUAGCCCUUGGUAAGGGCCAUGCUGGUGUACUAUGUUGUGAUGAUGGAAGCAGUAAAUCAAAAUUAUGGAAAUUUGCACUGUUGAAAAGCAUGCUUUAGCUUUAUUUUCAAUUAAAAACACUGUUUAAAAUU